UUACAUAGUCCACGCACUUGAAGCCAGAUUAUAUCAAUCAGCACCUCACUAUCAUCGGCAGUUAUUAGUCAAUUUUACCACCCGCGAUCCAUUAAGCAUCCACAAUCUGUACCCAGACAGGCGGCCAAACUGACCCCUCAUAUCGGAACCUCGGCGAGCUCGGAUCACGGCCCGCCCGCGCUUGGUCGUUACAUCCCCACCUCCAGCGGUUAUCGGCACGAGAAGGGUCGAUCACAUCACCAAGAUGCAGGUCUGGUUACGUACUGUGCGUACAUAAAUAAAAAAGAACGCCGCCUGUCGCAUCGCUCCCGCUACUCCUGCCCGGCUCUAGAACCCUCCCUUAGCACCAUUGCGCAAAUACAGAACGCAUUGCACCGAAAAUGUACUACGAACCCGGCGUGACCGAGCAUAACCUCCCGCAUGAUCCCUUCAAGGCAUGUGUAAUCCCCCGCCCGAUCGGCUGGAUCUCCACGCAAUCCCCGGACGGGCAAACCAGCAACCUGGCGCCGUACUCGCAAUUCAACAACCUCACCUUCGACCCGCCGUACGUGAUGUUCUCGUCCAACCAGACAGCCGUCGAAACCCGCAAGGACACGGUCGUCAACGCCGAGGCCACGGGCUCGUUCGUGUGGAACCUGGCCACCUACGACCUCCGCGAGGCCGUCAACAUCUCCGCCGAGCAGUUCCCGUACGGGGUGGAUGAGUUCGAGAAAGCCGGGGUCACCAAGGAGCCCGCCUCGCUGGUCAACGUGCCCAUGGUCCGGGAGAGUCCCGUGAAGUUCGAGUGCAGGUACCACUCUACCAUCCGGUUGCCGGGGAACCCGCCGAUGGGGACGGUGGAUGUGGUGAUUGGACGGGUGGUGGCGGUGCAUAUCAAGGAUGAGGUGCUCACAGACGGGAUCCUGGAUGUCAGGAAGACGAGGCCGAUUGCCCGCUGCGGGUAUUAUCAGUAUACGGUCAUCGAGAAUACGUUCGAUAUGGUGAUUCCGGGGAUGUCGGAGGAUGUGCUGUAUGGGUUGGAGGGGAAUGCGAAGAGGAAUCGGUUGAGGAAUGAGAAAGGGGAGAAUAAAGGAGAAGAGUAGAUUGGCAAAGUUAAUUCCUCUGAGUAUUAAGAUCUAAGACAUUGCUUGCUGGAGGUCAGCCUUUGCACCUUUUGUUGAAUGAAUGGUUCAGCCAGGUGGAAGCGAAUAGGCACCCUGAUCCUGCACAGUCACACAAUUCAAACCUUGGC